AUGGCUCUGGAAGCUUGUGCUCCUACAGUUGCGAGUGCGGCAUUGCUGUUGGCCCAAGUAAACUGCAUGCUUACCCGGCCUCAGGGUACGAACAUCGUUCGAGUUUCAACGUCCAAUGUUGUUCAGCCUGGUGGGCUGGCUAAUGUCUACCUCGACUGGCAUGAAGCUUACCCUGGUAUCAUCGAGGCUGUUUACGCAUCUUGUCUGAGCCCUGAUACGUCUUCGAAGCAGAUCAUCGGUCGCUUUACUGUCGGAGGCCAUCCCCCUCAGCGACUCGCCUGGGCAGUCUCUGACGUUGCCCCAACGGACAACUGCAUCUACGUCCAUGGCGCCCAGUCAGAUAGGUCAGAACCAAGUCUCCUGGGGAAGAGUGAGCCCGUCCGACUGAGUCGAAUGGCGAAGAAAAGAUCUGUCGCCGAUACAAACAUUCCCCUCCUCAAAGACUUCGACUCACUCGGGCCUGGUUCGACGACUGAAACACACGGUGGCGUCGCUUCCGGCCACUCAUCCAAGGACAGCAAGAUCGCCAUCGCGGGCGCUGGUAUCUCCGGCCUUGCCACAGGCCUAAUGCUCGACAGCGUUGGCGUCCACAACUGGGAAAUUAUUGAAGCCAGCGAUCGCGUCGGAGGGCGGUUCCGAACGCGGUAUGUUGCUGGGACACAAGAGUGGGCGGAGAUGGGGCCGAUGCGGUUGCCCUAUUCUGUCACGUACAAGGACAGUAAUGAGACUCUGCGGUAUACGGAUCACGAGAUGACGUUCCAGCUCGCGGGUAUCCUAAACGAGAUGAAUGGCAAUGACCCUCAGUGGAAGAUCGACUUUAUCCCGUGGAUCCAGCAUCACCCGAAUGAGCUUAUUGCGCAGGGGACUCGUCAACAUCCUGAUGGUCGCAUCCCCACUCGUGCUGAGAUCGAGGCGGAUCCAAGCCUAAAGGAAGCGCCUGACAUGUCCAGUGCCGAGUACAUCAGCACGAAGAACAGAAUGGGCCGUAUUCUGAAGAACGAGACCACAUUCAAAUCACUCCAACGAGACGUCUGGCGCGCGCACAAACUCGCCAUGGGGGAAGGCCUAGACGAAUGGAGCGAGCAAGCCAUGAUGCGCCACGUCUUCAAAGCCAGCCUGAACGUCACCGACGAGAUCUGGACAAGCUCCGACUACGACAUCUUCUGGGACGAGCUCCACCACAACUCCAACCUCGGUCUUGACGGCAGCAGCAGCUCCCUCGGCGAAACAACCUGGCUCUGCAUCGACGGCGGCUUCAAUCGUCUCUCUGAUGCUUUUCUCCCCCACAUUGGCAACCGCGUUACUCUCAACCGUAAGAUCCGAAAAUUAGAACCCGUCCCUGGCCCCAACGGUACAACCCGCACCCGCCUCUCCUGGUAUCCCAAUAUCACCAACCGCACCUACGAGUUUGAAGACUACGACUACACAAUCAUGGCGGUCCCCUUUACAAUGACACGCUUCAUGGACCUCCCUAACUUCUCCUCCGUCCUCUCCCGCGCAAUCAGCGAAGCUGGCCUCCGCUUCAAAUCCGCCUGCAAAGUCGCCCUCCUCUUCCGGGAACGCUUCUGGGAAAGAGGGCCUCGACCUAUCUUUGGAGGGUACUCGAAACCACCUAGCAAGCCCGUCGGGGCCCUGUACUACCCAGUGUAUGGCCACAACGAGUCACGCCCGGGGCUCAUAAUGCACUACCGCGGCGGCGACUGGAGCGACCGAUUCGUUAGCUUUUCAGACGAAGAACACGUGCAGACUGUCCUCGACUCCAUUGUCUCAAUCCAUGGCGAGCAAGCGCGUGAGCUCUACACGGGCGACUAUGAGCGGCUGUGCUGGUUGCAGGACGAGCACACGGCGACGGCGUGGUGUCGCCCAGACGUCGAGCAGCAUAAGCUGUAUAUCCCGGCAUAUCAUGUCACCGAGCACAAUACAAUCUUUAUUGGCGAGCAUACGGCACCGACCCAUGCUUGGGUGAGCUCGUCGUUGCAGUCCGCUGCUAGGGGGACUGUGCAGUUGUUGUUGGAGUUGGGGCUUGUGGAUGAGGCGAAGAGGGUUAAUGAGAAGUGGAUGGGGAGAUGGAUUCGUCUGUAG